AUGCAAAGAAUGUUUAGAGAAUGCCGACUUUACUGUUAAAUAAUAGGAUAAAAGUAUCAUAUAUUAAAUAUAAGAAUAGGCAAGCGUAGAAGAUGAAAUAGUCAACUCAAUUAAAAUAAUUAAAAUAAUUGAAUAUUUAAACAGCAUGGUGGAUCAAAUGA